AGUUUCUUUUUUUGCUUUUUGUUUUUUUUUUUUUUCCAUCAACAAACAAAAAAGCAAUGGCGCGGCGCGGGUCGCGUGGAGGCUGGCGUGGUGGUGCACGCGGCGGUGGCCGUGGAGCAGGACGCGGCGGUGUGGGCGGACGCGGCGGCUGGCGUGGCGGGCGAGGCGGAGCAGGGUACGCGCGUGGCGGCCUUGGGACGGGAUUUGGCUCGGCCGCGCGGGCUGGGACGGUCGCUGUCGGGCGCAUCCUGGGCGCAGGCAACGGCACGACGGCGGCACUCAUCCACCAGCUCAUCCCCUUCGACGACGGCGGGGCGAUCGCGACCGCAACGGCGGCGGCGGCAGCGCGAGCGGUCCACGGCGGUCUCUCGCUCAUCCGGCCGCAGCUGCGAUCGCUCAAGCACGUCCUGCCCAAGCGACUCGCGGUUCGGCGGCUGUACAGGUGCCAGUGGCGUGGCUGCAACGCUCUGUGCGCAAACGUCGUCUGGCACUUGCUGCGGGAGCACGGUUUGGCUCAUCCAGCAGCUGCUGCUCCACCAUCAACCAGCGUGCCGCGGGUGCCGCCUCAAGGAGAUCAAGGUGAUCCGGAGAAUGAUGCAGCGGGCAGCGACUCCAAUGACGAUGACGACGAAACCCGCGCUCACGAUGCCGAGCUGCUGCGGCGCGCAGUCUACGUGUGCCAAUGGGGCGAUUGCGCCGAAUCUCACCAGCGCUUUGAAAGCAGACUCGAACUCCAAGCGCACUCGCACGGCCAUUGCAAGUCCAUUCGACCAGUGGAGAUUGUGACGCGCGCGGCCAAUGUGACGCAGGAGUCGCUGUCCGUCGACAAGGCCGCUGCGGCCCACCCGACGAACGGCGAGAGCAACUCCAGCGAAGCAGUAGCUCCUGCCAAUCCUCCCGCUCUGUCAACUGCAUCGGCAAUGCAGAUUGAUGCUGCCCCGACUCCAGCAACAGCGUCGGCUGCCAGCUCGGAAAUGAUGCAGCAGGAUCCUGACGCCCGAGUGGUGCUCGUCCGCCCACCUCGCGAAGCAGACGACACUCCGUUCGAAAGCGUAGAGUACACCGAUUUGAGUGUUUUGCUCGACGACAGCACGCCCUUGACGGGCGAGGUGGUCUGGGCGUUUUCUCCCUUCAAGCACAUUGACCACUGGCCGGCCAAGAUUUUAAACCCACACGAGUACACUGGCUUUGCGCCGCCAGUGACCAGUGCAUCCUUCGGCGCUCUGCUCGUCUACGUGUUUGGCAUCAACCGGUUUCAAUGGCUGACCGAAGAUUACAUUUUGCCGCUAGAGGAGUACUGGCGAACGCUCGUGGCCCCGGCGAAUUACUCGUUCCAAUUCCGCCUUGCUCUCAUGCAGGCGCUGGCCGGGUCGAGACAUCCAUUUUACUUUGGCCGCAUCGUCGGAUCGCGCAAGGUGACCACCCCAAUCGUCGCGUCUGUGGCGAAAGCCGUUCCAGCAGAUCUCAAGGUGUCGCUCCACUCGGCGUCGUCGUCCACGUCGUCCAUGCCGGAUCCCGACGAUGAGCUGCAGAUUGACAGCAUCACCAUUCCUGGCCCCACCUUGGCCAAUACUGUGCCGCUGUACGCGCUCAAUGCCAUCUCCCGAGAGUACCUGGUGACGUGGAAGCAUACCCGCUUUGCCUCGUGGGAGCCAGCGCGUCUGCUCUCUUGCAGCUGGAUUGUCGACUACGAGGCGGACUUCCCCGAAGAGUUCCGGUCGCGCGAGAGCCUCAAGAUUCAUCAGAUCACCGACCGCGCCACCCUGCCGGAAAUUGUAAGCCGUCUGGCGACGGACGACGCGAGUGGCGUGCUCCUCGAAGCGAGCACCAUGGCAAGCAAUGUGCGUGCCGAGAUUGCCGCUGCUAUCGCCGCCGCUGCCGCUGCAGAGGCCAGUUCAGAGGCAACCGCGGUCAACGUCAGCAGCCUGGACUCUGGCGCUGGCAGCAAGCGGGACUCGCCCGAGGACGCCAGCAGCAACCGCAACCGUGCCGCUCGGUUGCGGGAUGACGACUAUUCGAUUCGCGCCGACGAGGCUGAGGACGAGGACGAGGAGGAAGAAGUUCACCAAGACGAAGAGGAGGAGGAUUCUGACGUCUACGAAGAGGAAGACGACGAUGACGACGAUUACCGUGGCUCGCGGCGGCCAGCGCGCGACCGUGGCCGAGGUCGUGGCCGUGGGGCUUAUCGUCGUGAUUUCGAAGGUUACUAGUAGCGUGUUUUUUGUGUUGUAUUUUGUCAGGAUUACAUGUACUGUAUCUAUCGCAAUGAAAUCAGUGCGAGAGGUCUGUUUUGGUUUUUUGCCGCCCA